AUGCACCAGAUAUACACGACGCUUUGCAGCUCACAAUGUCAUCUUUCAAGGUGCCCUGAUGGUUGGGGCCACUGCACUUUUUCUUGGAGCAGACAAAGGCGGUGGCAGUCUGGUGAAGAAAGUCUUUAUGAGGUGGAUCUUGAUUUUGACGGUUCUGAAGAGGAUGCAGCAUCAGGUGGAGAUGCUUGCUAUCAUUCGUUCUUAAAGUUUGUCUUCGACGGCAAUAAGCAUAGCCAGCUAAAGGGCAUUGUCAAGGGUGGAGGAAGCAAUAGCGGUGGGGGUUUCACAAACGGGAAAAUGAAGGAAGAGCUUGUGAGAAAGGGCUUGGCUAAUGAGAAUGAAUACAUUCACUGCCCAUGCACCUUGCACAAUGACCAGACCAAUCUUCGAAAUGCUACUGAAAGCAUCUUUGGUGAAGGUGGAAUUGAGAAAAGGAAUGUUAUGCAACUAUUGCAUGCGCUAUCGGACUUCCAAAACGAUUUUUCUGACAAAGACCUAUACUUAGAUCUGCUAGAAGCUGCACAUCGUGAUAAAUUUCCCGACAAAGCAACAGUGCCAAAGGAUUUGCUUCGAUUGAUGCAGGAGCCAAUUGCAACAAGGUGGAAGACAAUUGGAAUGGCUGCCAGGUACAUUCACAAGCAUUUUGCUGUCCUUGUCCACUUUGUCAGGGCCGUUUGCGACGUCAAGAGAACCCACUCGUACAGGAAUAAAUGCGGAAGCAACUUCCUUGCCUUGGCAAACGAGCCCGUGAUCAAAUGCGAUUUGGCACUCUUGGCUGGUUUUGAUAAGAUCUACUUCAACCAUCACAUGGAAUUCAAUCAUACCACCGACAAGAUCAUUGGACGAAGCGGUUUCCUAGCUCCACAUCACCCUGUACAAUACUUCUUGAAGGUGAGCGAGUUGCAGGAGUUGGAAGAGGAGGUUGAAAAAGGAGCACUGUAUAUAAAUCAAACCCCCAAAAGUGCAAAGCUUCCUUCCUUCUGGCAAGCAAUGAGGGAUUGUGAAGGCUUGGUGGAAAUCGAAGCUCAGAUUGAUUGUGCCAGAAAGUUUCUUGAGGUGUAUAAAGGCUCCCUUCACAAGCACAACAAGCACUUUUGUAACAAGCUCUUGUUUCUUGGAUGCUUCGGUGAACAACCAACAGCGACAAUUGUUGCAAAUUAUCUGAUAAUAUCAAGCUUAGGAAAUGAUCCCUCUGUUGAAGAUUUAAUGGAAGGACAAAAAAGGCGUUCAAGUCUACCAUGCACAACGAUAAAACAAUUGAUAUUGAGGUGUUUGCAGAUUUCUUGA